AUGCGCUCCACCCACGGCCCCCGCGGGACGCUCUUUGGCGACUGGGUGAUGAAGACGGAGAAGACCAUGCAGCUAAGCUUGGGCCACCAGGUACGAGAGGCCAUCCGCGAGGUGGGUGCUGCCUCCGCUGCCGAGGUCGUUGAGGCCUACCUGGCGCAUGGCGAAGGUGCCAUACCGCCCGGCCAGGCCGUCCUCGCUGCCCUCGGGGUCUACUUUGCCUUCUCGGUGCAGGCUGCAUUGGUCGACGAAUGCCGUGGUGCUCCAUCUUUGGCCGACAUCGGCCAGAUGCAGCAAGAGCUCCGAAAGGUGCUUUCGAGGCACCUCCGCAGGAUUUCGCUGGUGGGCCCCCGUCGCGCUCUGGGUGCCGCGCUCCUCUUGCAGGCUAUACAUUGGCAAGAAGUGCUCACAUCCCUGGAGUGCACAGCAGCCUACUGUGAAGGGCGGAGGCUGCAAGACUCAUUCGAAUGGCAGCGGCAAUUCCAGCAUCGCUAUGACUUCACCACAGGAGAGGUGCUGCUCUGCUGGUUCCGCCAGCUCGCUUUGUGUGAUCUCUUGUGUUUUGCAGAGUUCAGGGUUUGGUGUUUAGAGGCUGCACUGGUGCAUUCCUGCAUCCAAGGGCAUGCAGAGGUGUCCAUGUCCAGUGCUGGAAUUGGAGUUCCAUCCAAUCCAUUUGCGAAUUUGCGAAUGAGGUCGCGAAUAUGGGACUCAUGCUGCAGUGGCAACUUCUACUUGGAGUUCAACGCCAUGCAGAGUCUCAUCUUCUUGUCAAUGAUUGACGAGCUAUGGGGAGAAUAUGCCGACAUAGGAGUGGACGCGGACAUCAGGGCAGACUGGUUGAAGUCCGUAGACUGGGUCGCAAGAUCGUGGCUCGCCGCGAGGUACGUCGGCUGCGCCGCGCGAUUGGCAGCAACCUCGGCCUUGGUCCGCACCCCUCAGUCGGAGCGCUGCUUCCUGACCUUUGCCGCGGCAAUGCGCCAGCAAAGCCUUGCCUCCUUUGGGUGCACCAGCCUUCCGGGCUCUGGACAGGCAGCAGUCGUGCGAGAGCUGGCAAGCAUGGCCGCUGUGCCGCUGCUGGAGACAGCGCCUGCGCAGAUGGAGGCCUCCGCCAUGCAGCAUAUGCUGGCGGGCGUGGCUGCGACCAAUGCCUGGAGCGCCGCUGGCGAGUUGACUUGGGAUCCGGUAUACUGCGAGAAGGCAAAAGGCCCCCUGCGUGAAAGGCUCAGGAAGGACAGCACAAGGAACUCCUACGCCGUCUUCCAGUUCAAGGACAAGUUCUACCAGUGGAAGUGGAACAACGACUCGAUGUACUGGUACUUCUUUGACAGCCAAUGA